GGGGAAGAAGGGAAGGGACGGGACGGGAAGGGGGUGGCCGCGCCGGGCACAGCAUGGCUGCCAAGGUGGCUCUAACCAAGAGAGCUGAUCCAACUGAGUUGAAAACAAUAUUUUUGAAGUAUGCAAGUGUGGAGAAGAAUGGCGAAUUCUUCAUGUCUCCUAAUGACUUUGUCACACGGUACCUGAAGAUAAUUGGAGAUGGUUUGCCUAAUGCAAACACUGUACAGCUCCUUGCAGGUGUGGUGGAUCAGACAAAAGAUGGGUUGAUAUCCUUUCAGGAGUUUGUGGCAUUUGAAUCAGUCCUGUGUGCUCCAGAUGCAUUGUUCAUAGUAGCCUUUCAGCUGUUUGACAAGACUGGCAAAGGAGAAGUUACUUUCGAGGAUGCUAAGCAAGUUUUUGGCCAGACCACGAUUCAUCAGCACAUUCCUUUUAACUGGAAUUCAGAGUUCGUACAGCUGCAUUUUGGAAAGGAUAGAAAAAGACACCUAACAUAUGCAGAGUUCACCCAGUUUUUACUGGAGAUCCAAUUAGAACAUGCAAAACAAGCUUUUGUACAGAGAGACAAUGCUCAGGCUGGAAGAGUCACAGCUAUGGACUUCAGGGAUAUUAUGGUCACUAUCCGGCCACACAUGCUGACACCAUUUGUAGAAGAAUGUCUAGUAGCUGCUGCUGGAGGUACCACUUCUCAUCAGGUCAGCUUUUCCUAUUUUAAUGGAUUUAAUUCUCUCCUUAACAACAUGGAGCUCAUUAGAAAGAUCUACAGUACUUUGGCUGGAAAUAGAAAAGAUGUGGAAGUCACUAAGGAGGAGUUUGUUUUGGCAGCUCAGAAAUUUGGUCAGGUUACACCCAUGGAAGUUGACAUCUUGUUUCAGUUAGCAGAUCUGUAUGAGCCACGGGGGCGCAUGACAUUAGCUGAUAUUGAAAGAAUUGCUCCUCUGGAGGAAGGGACGUUGCCCUACAACCUGGCUGAGGCUCAGAGGCAGAAAGCUCCAGGAGAUGUGUCUCGACCUAUUCUCAUUCAAAUUGCAGAAUCAGCCUACAGAUUUGCCCUUGGUUCAGUUGCUGGAGCUGUUGGAGCCACUGCAGUCUACCCAAUUGAUUUGGUAAAAACUCGAAUGCAAAACCAGCGCUCUACAGGCUCUUUUGUGGGAGAACUUAUGUAUAAAAACAGUUUUGAUUGCUUCAAGAAAGUGCUACGUUAUGAAGGUUUCUUUGGGCUUUACAGAGGUCUGUUGCCGCAGCUGUUGGGAGUAGCACCAGAGAAGGCCAUAAAACUUACUGUUAAUGAUUUCGUGAGAGAUAAGUUUAUGACUAAAGAUGGCUCUGUCCCACUGGCUGCGGAAAUUCUUGCUGGUGGCUGUGCUGGAGGUUCUCAAGUGAUCUUUACCAAUCCACUGGAAAUUGUCAAGAUUCGAUUACAGGUGGCUGGAGAAAUUACUACUGGUCCACGAGUUAGUGCCCUCACUGUAUUACGGGACCUGGGCUUCUUUGGUCUCUACAAGGGUGCUAAGGCGUGUUUUUUGCGUGACAUCCCCUUCUCUGCCAUUUACUUCCCCUGUUAUGCUCAUUUGAAAGCUUCAUUUGCAAAUGAAGAUGGGAGAGUUAGCCCUGGAAACCUGCUCUUGGCUGGAUCAAUAGCUGGUAUGCCGGCAGCCUCCCUGGUGACCCCUGCGGAUGUCAUCAAGACACGGCUGCAGGUGGCGGCGCGGGCGGGCCAGACCACCUACAGUGGCGUGGUGGACUGCUUCGCCAAGAUCCUGCGCGAGGAAGGCCCCAAGGCCCUGUGGAAAGGAGCUGGAGCUCGUGUGUUUAGAUCCUCUCCUCAGUUUGGUGUGACUCUGGUGACUUACGAGCUACUGCAGAGAUGGUUUUAUGUGGACUUCGGGGGAGUGAAACCAGCUGGAUCAGAGCCAGUUCCUAAAUCUAGGAUCACGCUCCCUGCUCCCAACCCUGACCACGUUGGUGGUUAUAAAUUGGCAGUUGCCACUUUUGCAGGGAUUGAAAACAAGUUUGGACUUUACCUACCUCGGUUUAAGCCAUCGCCACCUACCUCAAAGGCUGCUGCAGCAGUAGGGCCCUAAGUUUAUAGCUGUAGAUUUUUUGUUAUUAGUUGGGAAAGAGCCACUUUUCUAAUUGGUUAAUAGUUUGUUCCUUUAGCUUCUCCUCUUAAAACAAUUAAUCUUUGUUUGAGUUUUAAGGCAGUUUUCAUCUUAAAUGUAAUCAUUUGUCUUUGUGCUUCCUUAACCAGAUCACUGUGAAAUUCUUACCAGUCAUUUUAAGUUUGGGACCAUGAAUGUAUUUGUCCGCAUCUGACAUGUGCUUGUGUUGGGGAGACACUAACUUUAGGUGCGGCCUCUUGGAGCAGGCCAGGCUGGGCAGGAGCUGUGAGCCAGGUCACCCUGCAGGCAGAGCCAGGCUGCGGGUGGUAGGGGUGGGUGAUGCACGGUGUCGCACACAGGGGGACCCUGGCCGAUGCCUGGUGCCUACAGCCUCAGCGCCUACAGCUGCAGCGCCUGCCAGCAGAGGCUGACACGUGCCUGCCCGGUACCUGUGCCCGCCAGCAUGGCUUCAACUUCUGCAGUAUGUACACGCACAAGUUCUGUCUCUGGACCGUAUUAGGAGACUUUUAUGUGGGAUAUGUUUUUGUAACAAAAACCACAUUUGUAGAUGUUUAGCCAUUGUAUAAAGUUACUGGUAUCAAAAUGCUCAAAAGAAAGUGUUAUUGUCUAUAGUCUUUGCACUUUAUGGCAGAACUUUUGGCAUUCUACUACACGUACAAGGAAAUUUCAGGACUAGGUGCCUAUCUUGGGUUGCUGGUGUUUGGAAUUGAGUUUGUAUAUGCACUUCUAUAGCAAAACGCUGCUUGUUUAAAUAACUGCAAUAGAAAAUUCAUGCACUGUAUCAAUGGUACCUGCCUUAACUGCUGGCUUGUAAUUGGCAAAUAGAUGGUUUCAGAUUCUUAUUUACUUCAUUGAGACAAACAAGAUUAAAAUACUCUAAAAGAAAAGAUUUUACUUAAUUUUUUUGUGCCUUGCACAGUGUCUAGAAAAUCAUGUAUUUAUGAAGACAGAAAUAAACCUUUCAAACAGAUGCACACAUGGUAUUCUGUUACGGAAACAGCCAAGUAUAUCAGCCCUCUCAUUCAACUUUGGUUAUGGAGUUAGGUUAAGAUAAAGGUAAUAUUUGGACAUCUAGGCUAAAAAUAAAAUACCUACAGCUUGAGAACAAAUUACCUGAAUUUCCCCAUGUAGAAAAGGCAUCCAUCAAUGUAGACGUCACAAAAAAUAAGACAUUUUUCCUCAGUCAAAGCUGAGGAUUGGAGUAAGCUUUGAUGUGUUUUGACCUUUACCCUUAGGGAGAGGUUAGCAUGUUGCGCACCGUCUGACUACCCAGUCAACUGAAAGUACUGUUGAGUGUCUGCUGUGACACCUCUUAAACCAGAAAGAACUUGGUCUUGCUUGUCUUCUUGGUGUGAGGGGUGAGUGCCUUCCACACUGCCUGUUACACCGAGGGAAAGUAUGGAUGCGGUACCUUUGCAGAAGGGGAACUUAGAUGUGCAUCAUCGUGUUGUCAUCCUUUAACUUGUGGGAGUGCUGAAAUGGAAAUCACUCGACUUGUCUUUGGUCAUCGUGAAAAUUAUUCUCCUGGACUAAUUUGCAUUUUGAGAUGACCAGUGAAAUAGUGGUGGCAGCGGCAGCAUCUACAGUCCUCGUGUGCGUGGAAGCAACGGGAGAAGAUGACAUUUACUUGCAGCUGCAUCCUGCAGCGUGGCUGGAGCAGUUGCAGAGACCCUGCACUGGGCUCUGGCACCUGCCGGCUGCUUCCUCUCAUCCCUUUCGGGUAUGAGUCUCCCCAAAUGACACUCCUUCCUUUCACAAAUGGGGGAAAAAACCUGCCCCUUGUAUUACUC